AUGCGCUUGGCGUCGCCUCCCCGGGGCUGGCGCUCGCUGACGUCCAUGUGAUCGAGGGGCUGCUCCAUCCCACUACUGGGGCAGCUGCCGCCACGGCGAGGGAGCCAGAAGGUCGAGGCAUCGUCCCCAGCGCAGCGUCCCCGGCACCAAAGAGUGUCCCCUGGCACCAGCUGGCCCCUCCCAGGGUCGUCCCGGCCAUGAUGCCCCGCGGGAAGAAGGACCCCGUCCUGCUCUCCCAUGCCGAGCUGCCCAGCACCGAUGGUGAGGGUCUCCGCGGAGGUGGGGACGGCCAGCGAUCCGCGUCGGAGGAGGAGGGCCUCCCCCGUGACGACCUCACCAAGAGCAUGUCCAGCUCCUCCGUCUCCUCCUACCACUCUGCCCUGUGCUCCGAGGGAACCGAGACCUUCAAGGACUGCCUGGAAUUUCUGGACGAGGAGGAGACACCUCCCCGGGAUGCGGGGCGGCGGGACGGCCGUGCCGAAGGGGCUGUCCUGGGGCGCUGGGCUCCAGCGGGGACCCCCCGAGUCCCCCCACCAGCCGGGCCCCUCACCCGCCCGCGGAAGGCUCAGCUGUCCAGUGCGGCUAAGAAUAGCCCAGCGCCGGGACAAGGGGGCAGGAUGGGUCCCCACGGCAGCCAGCAGCCUGCCAAUGCCACCGCUGCCACCGCCACGGAGCUGGCUCGGCCCCGGCCAGCCGCGGGGAUGCUCGGCGGAGCACCCAGCGAUUCGGACGAGGCGGACGGCGAGGUGCGGGCGCUGACAGCCAGGGCUUUCCACAGCCUCUCGGGUCCCCACGGCACUCGCCUCGACAUGUGCAGCUCCCACACCUCCUCCAGCCUCUCCAACUCGCUGUCGGAGGAUGGCGGGCGGCCGCAGCGGUGGCCGGCAGCCAGCGGCGAGCCCCGGGGCAUGGUGGCAGCCCUCCACGGCCGGGUGGGCUGGCCCUUCCCCACCAGAAUGGACGCGGAGCUGCUGGGCUUGAUGGGGAAGGAGCAGUUUGAGUGCGUGGAUGUGGAGCUGGAGAGCGGGGAGGCCAGGAAGGGCCAUGGCAAGAAGAGGACCGUCCCCAAACGCCAGAUCCUGCUGAAGAGGAAGGAAAGGAAGGAGACUGGUUUUGGCCCCCGAGGUGAUGGCGCAGUCCCCCAGCCCCUGCCUCCCAUCAGGAAGGAGCCGCCCGGCAAGGGCAGAGCCAUCGGAGAGGACUUCAGGCUCAACUACAAGCAGUUCAUGAAGACGGCCUCCCUGGACGCUGAUACCAGCAAGACCAGGGCAGCCUCUUGCCUGGUGAAAAAUGUCCUUGCCAAGAAGAUGCAGUAUGAGCAGAGGAUCAAGAUGGAGCAGAAGGGGCUGAGGGGCAGCUCCACCUCUUCAGGGCCAUCCUCCAUGGGCACCGACCUGCUGGGAGAUGGCCUGGAGGGCAAGUCCAGCUCGCUUUCCCGCUCGGACUGCAGCUUCUCAGCCGAGGACCUGCGGGGAGGUGAGAUGCCGGUGGCCGCGGUGGCCGUAGGGGAUGCCACAACCACACGUCCCACCAAGGGGGUGGUGCUGAGCGAGGCGACAAAGGAAAGUGUCUGCAAGCUGAAGAAGACCUUCAAUGAACUCAAUGAGAGAAUGAAGUACCAGGAAGUGCUGGAGGGCAACCGGCUGCCCAGUGCCACUGAGGAACCAGUGUCGGCGAGGAUCCGCUACCAGCAAGCACGUGCCUUGUUUGAAGCCCACCCUGAGGUGGGAAAAGCUCUGGAUAUUGCCCCAAGGUUUGGGCGAGCGCCGAAGCCGUGGCCCAGCUUGAGGCAGCGAGCCAUCCGCCCCAGCCACUCUCAACCUCUGCCCUUCGAGGCCGACAGCCCGGUGCUCCCCGCCGUGCCGCCCCGCCACCUCUUCACCUCGCGGGCACAGGAGGUGCGGCUGGUGCCGCAGAGCCAGCAGGAGGAGAAGCUGCCAGCGGUGCCGCGCCAGCCGCCCGCCAUCCCGGCCCGUGGGUCCCCACCGGCUGCUCCCCGUGAGGCAGAAGAUAAGGGCAAGGGACGCAUCCCCCAGCCCCGGGACGUGCGCAAGCUGGUGAAGAGCAGCUACAGCCUCUGCUUUAGGACAUCCGGCACAUCCCACGGCACCACGGCACCGGCGGGCGAUGGGGAGCCACCACCGGCUGCCCCGCUCAUCAUCCACUGCACCUCGGUGCGCCGACGGGACACGGCAUCCGAACCGGGCAAUGGGGAAGAGCUGGAAUCCACCGUCCCAGUGCCAGCCCCGGCACACGCCGAGGGCCCCGGCAAGCUCGCCAGCAGCCAGCCUUCGCCCACCCACAGCUCCCCCGUCCACAUCACCAGGGUCCAGGCCACGAGGAGAGGGGCGGCUGCCGUGGAAGAGCCGGUGGCAUCCCCGCCAUGCCGGGAGCGCAGCGAGCUCAGGGUGCCACCGCGGGCGCCGGCAGUUGAAGGGGUGCCACACGUGGAGAGCCACCUCCACGUCCUGGUGGGCCGGCGGUCCCCGGCAGCAGCCAGGGAGGACUCCCCGGCUCAAAGCAGUGCCACACUUCGUACGGAGAAGACCGUUCUCCUCCCACCGCCACUGAGUCCCAUGGAAGGAAAGGGUGGACGUGGCCAUGGUGGCACCGGAGGGCUCUGUGCCAGCGAGGGGCCCAAGUCCACGGUGCAGCAGCACGGUGACAGUGGGGAGCCCCGAGCCAGGUCCCCGGCCGGCAGUAGGGUGCACCCACAGCCAGAGGAACCAGCAGAGAGAAGAGCACCAAAGCCACCCACAAGCGAGCGGGUGUCAGCAGGGAGCGGCGGCUCCGCGGGCAGCACUGGCCCUACCACCCCGGUUCCAGCCAGGGAGGGCAGUGAAGGGGCCUCUGGACAAGUGCCAGGGCGGAGGGAGCCCUGGGAGCACUUAUCGAAGUGUCCGGCAGCCUCUGAGCCGUACCUCGCUGCCUCCUCACCAGAGAACUCCAACUACUUAGCAAUUCCUGUGAAAACCCCCAAAUCCUCUCCAAUGCCAAAGCUGCCCUCGGUCCCCACCCCAGACACCACAUCAUUUGGGACCCCUGUGGUCCCCAAGCCGACCAGCGCAUCCUUUGGGACCCCCUCAGUCCCCAACGCAGCGAAUGGAUCCUUUGGGACCCCCUCAGUCCCCAACGCAGCAAAUGGAUCCUUUGGGACCCCCUCAGUCCCCAACGCAGCAAAUGGAUCCUUUGGGACCCCCUCAGUCCCCAACGCAGCGAGCAGAUCCUUUGGGACCCAGAUGGUCCCCAACCCAGCCAGUACAUCCUUUGGGACCCCCUCAGUCCCCAGCAUGACCAGCUCAUCUUUUGGCUACUCAUCAGCCUCCAGCCUGGCCAGCACAUCAUUUGGAGCUCCCUUGGUAUCCAGUUCCACCACGAAGCCUUUUGGGACCCCCUUGAUCCCCUACCCAGCCAGUGUAUCCUUUGGGAACCCCUUGGUCCCCAAUCUGUCUGGUGCACCCUUUGGGUCUCCUUUGGCCCCUAAUCCAUCCAACACAUCCUUUGGGACUCCCUUGGCCCAUAAUCCAUCCAGCACAUCCUUUGGGACUCCUGUGGUCCCUAACUCAGCCAACACAUCCUUUGGGAUUCCCUUCAUCCCAAAUCCAUCCAAUGCAUCCUUUGGGACUCCCUUGGCCCCUAACCCAUCUAGGACAUCCUUUGGGACUCCCUUGGCCCAUAAUCCAUCCAGCGCACCCUUUGGGAUCCCUUUGGUCUCUAACUCAGCCAACACAUCCUUUGGGACCCCCUCAGUCCCUAAACCGGCCAACUCAUCGCUCGGUAUUCCCUCUGUCUCCAACCAAGUCAGCCCAUCCUUCAGGGCCCCCUUGAUCCCCAACCCAGUCCCUGCUUCCCCUGGGCACCCAUCAGUCUCCAGCGUGGCCAGCUCAUCCUUUGGUUCUCCUUUGGCACCCAACUUGGCCAGCCCACCACUGGGGACCGGUGUGGCCCCCCUGGCCGGUGUGGGAGUGCCCUGGAGCAAACCCAGCCCUGAGCCCCUACAGCCCCGACCCACCGAGGGCCUGGCUGCUGCCGAGCGCCCGGUGCCGCUGCUCCCAGCCCAGCCUCGCCUGGAGGACAUUCCCCAUUUCCUAAGGAGGACGGACGGUGCCUCACCGAGCAGUAAGAGCACAUCAAGCCCCACCAAGCCCUUUGCCCCCCACCUGCCCGGGUACCGGAGGAUGCUCGUUGAUCCCGACAGCGGGAAAUGCUACUACAUGGAGCCACCACGGCAGCCCCAGCUGAAAAUGCUCUAUGACCCCGAGACGGGGCAGUACCUGGAGGUGCUCAUCCCACCGGUGGCAUCGCACACUGGGCUCUACCAGCCUCCUUUCAACCCCCUGGUCAUGACUCCGGGGGUCUACGCUCCAUCCUAUGUGCCCUAUGGUGGCUUCACGGGGCUCCCGGCGCCCCCACCGCCCGCUGCCUCCUCCCCGGUGCACCCUGACCUGCCAGCUGCCAAAAAUCCCGGCUUCUCCGGCACUUUCAGCCCCACGCCCAAGAGCGAGGGGCCGCCCGCGGCCGGGGGUGCCACGGACUGUGGGUACCUGGAGAGCCUCUACUACAUCCCCACGGGAAUGCGCGCCAGUCCUGGCCCCAGCCACCCCCCAGCCCCCACCAGCCCCGAGAAGGGACCGCAGCUACCGAUGUGAUGGUCCUCAGCCUCCUGCCACCCAUGUGGCCCUUCCCAAGGAGCCGGACAAAGCUGGCAUCGCACCUCCUGUGUGCCGCCGAGCUGGCAAAGUGCCGAGGGGUAAUGGGCACCAGCUGGACCUCACCGGCUCAUGGGAAUGGGGAGAAAACAGGGAUUUUCUGAUUUUCUGGCAGUCCCAGAGGGGUUUGAAGUCAUGGGACCUGUCCUAAAGGUGACCAGGCUCAGCCACUGCCUCCCCACCGCGGCCACGGCUGCAGCGCGGACUCCCUAAAACAGCAAUAAAAAUGCAGAGAGAGCAUUAAAUCCUGCGUAUUUAUCCCGUGUGCGUGUGUGAUCUGUAAAGGGGGGGCAGGGGGCUCUGGCAGCCCCACUGGAGAAGCCGAGGCACUCGGACCCUGCUGUCUGUCUGUCUGUCCUGGAGCAGGAUGAACCCCUCGUCCCCAGGGGCAGGAGCAGACCCUGUGGUCAAUGGUGAUCCCUGAAGCCCAGCCCUGAGCUCCCAAUCCCAGCCCUGAGCCCCAGAUGUCUCGGAUUCUAGCCCU